AUGUUCGGCAGGAGAAGAGCCUGUGACGAGGACUUCGAACGAGAACGAAGGCGCGACGUCGACGAAGAAGAUCUGCAGGGCGAAGACGAAUCUGAAGGAUCUCGACUUUCUUUCGUUGGUUCCCUCAAACUAUUACUCUCUAUUUUAUAACAAGCAAAAACAUUCUUUCAACCAAACCCAAUAACGGUUAGGUAUUUUCGCGAUUUAGGAAUAUUUAGAAUUUAUGAAAGCUUCAAAAAACUUCAAUGCUCUGCAUGAAAAUCCCGAAAUGAUCAAUCAUCCCAAACUUUUGUUUUACGAUGCCUCGAAGGACGCUUUAAAUUUUGCAAGAAAACAAAUAUUGAAGGCGAUCGUUCUCGGAAAGUAGAUCGUUGUUCAGCUUUUCGAAAUUUGAAAGACUUUACUUAGACUAAGCAGUACAAAAAGUGUUCCAGUCGGUCCACUGGUGAAUCGGGAGGUCGACACAAGUAGGUACCGAAUAGCAACUCAAGUCAAUCGGCGUAUCGUAAUCGGUGGUCAUUUGUAUGCGACCGGGUACUAUCUCUAUGGCACCUGGAUAGUACCUGGUCGGUAUCUGGAUGUUACCGGGUAGUACCCGAAAAUCGCGAUUGCUACUGGCUGACGCAUUGGUCGUUUAUAUAGCAUCAGUGUUUUUUUCACACCUUCCCAAGUCUUUCAGGGUCUUAUUGGAUAAAGCUGAAACAAAAAAUAACGAGCGAUUGCAGACUUUCCGGUAGCAAUCGCGAAUGUCAGGUAGCUCUACCCGGUAGCUACUUGCAUCGACUUCCUUCUAUUUUUAUUGCCAUGUUGUAAAUGAGAUUAAAUUAUUAGCUAAAUAAAUUUGAGUUCAAGACGAUGAAAUUUAAAAAGAGCUCAAAAAGAGAUGCGUCUUCAUGGAGAAGCAACAAUUUUCAGGGCGAAGGACCAGUUCGAACAUUUGCGCCUUCCCACAUGCACAUUUCGUGUCACUAUGACAUACCUUAUCAUCCCCAUCUUAUCCAGCCUCCGGUUGAGAGUUUUUUCCGUUUCUCACUCAAAAUAAGAUAAAAUCACGCCUCUUUCUAUUUUGCUUUUGUAGCAAGUGUGCGGAGUGGGCACCUUCACCUACACGCGAGAAUUCGGCGCUCCUCCUGGCUUUUUCGCUCCAGCGCCGCCAUCAAUACAAGUGCCUGCGGAUGAAGUAUCACUCAUCGUUUUGAUUGGAAAAGAAAGUCGAUUUCAGGCCUACUGCUCUCAUAUAAAAUCUGAUGAACUCGAAGGAAGAAGUGAAAAAUUGAUAAAAACUUGUGAUUGUGAACAUUGUGAAGUUCAGACAAGUCUGAGGGUCGCUCAAUGCUUUUCGUUGGCGGUUGCGCUUCGCCUCAAAUGGAAGUCGUGGGCGAAGUGAGUCCUUUUUUUAAUCUGUUCACGGAGUCUUUGAGUUUCAGAUUUACUGUACGGUUCCGGGAAGAACGAGUCUCCUUAGUAGCACCACAAAAUACAGAGUUACUGUGGGGGAGAUUCAAAGGAGAAUCAGUCCUCCAGAGUGUCUCAACGCUUCUCUUUUAGGAGGAAUUCUAAGAAAGUCAGUAUUUACGUCUUUUUCCUAUCAAUCUAAGAAAAGUGCUGUAGAGCAAAGUCCAAAGACGGCGGCAAGACUUUGAGAGAUUCGCUGAAGAAAAUAGGUUUGACAUUGCCUGCAGGAAGAAGAAAACAAGCGAAUGUAACGGCUUGGACAGCUCUAGUUGAAGGUGCCAAAAAUCGUAAUCCUUCUAGCUGUCUUGUUCAGAAGAAGCAGUGCACAUGGCGAAGGACUUUGCUUUAGUGUGCGAGAAAGAAUUUCAUGCGAGGGAAAUAGGCAUAUAUCUCACUAAACAUGGCAUCAUCGUCGACCAAGACGCCGUGAAGCGAAGAGCAGCUCUCGAGCACAGCAAGUGAGUUUUUCUUCGUCUCAAUCGACUGUUUCCGUUCGAAGGAAGAUCAUCGGAGAGCUGGCAGAACUUCUCUCGUGUGACAGAACACCUCUCACCCCCUAUAUUGCGCGUCAAAACUCGCCACUGGAGCCUUCCAUACAACAGCACCUUUCCCACUUCACACUGGUUACCAUUGUCUUUAUAUUUGAAAGAGAGAAUAAUCAGAUGACGCACGGCUUCGGAGGAGUUGCGAUGAGCGGAGUGCUCGAAUCGAUCAAGAGUCUGAUCGACGAGAGCAUCAAAUACAUCGACCGCACCUGUCCCCAGCACAUGUACAUCUACAACUCUCGUUGA